AUGAGUGAGAAACCAGCAGAUCAUGUGAAUACAAAUGGCUUUGAAAGUAAAACUCCAUUCCUUAUUGGAGUUGCUGGCGGUACAGCCAGUGGCAAGUCAACAGUAUGCCAAAGAAUUAUGGAGAAGCUGGGUCAACAGCACAAAGAACAGACUGAAAGGCGUGUGGUCUGCAUCAGUCAAGAUUCUUUCUAUCGCACCUUAAAGCCUUCAGAAAGAUUACGAGCUGAACGUGGACAGUUCAAUUUUGAUCAUCCUGAUGCAUUUGAUGAUAAAAAACUGCUAGCAAUUCUCAAGGAUAUUCUUGCUGGAAAGAAAGUGGAAGUUCCUGAAUAUGACUACAUUACAAAUUCUAUUAGCAAUCGUUCACAUACCAUCUACCCGGCUGACGUGGUUCUUAUUGAAGGUAUCCUGGUGUUUUACUUCCCAGAAGUGAGGGAACUGUUCCACAUGAAGUUAUUUGUUGACACUGACUCAGAUACCAGACUUGCAAGACGAGUACCGCGUGAUAUAAUGGAGCGUGGGCGGGAUUUGGAGCAGGUGCUCAAUCAGUAUAUGAACUUUGUCAAACCAGCCUUCGAGGAGUUUUGUCUACCAACGAAAAAGUUCGCCGACGUCAUCAUACCACGCGGAGCAGAUAAUUAUGUUGCUAUUGACUUGAUAGUCCAACACAUAUCGGAGUAUCUUAAGAAGAGUCCCAGCGACAAAGCACAGCUGGAUUACCUUACGCCCUCAGUGCCGAAUAGCCCACAGCGGAGUGGUAAGAGUAAGAGUGGCCGCCCACAU